GAUAAUUCCCAGAACAUGAGACUCUAUCUCGCAGUCUUUGCGCUCUUGGCAGCAGUUCACUGCGAGGAGCUCUUUAAUGGAGACCAGGUUCUCCGAAUUAAUGCAGAAUCUAAAAACCACAUUCAGAUUUUGAAAAAGCUGGAAAGGGACGUGGAUUCUGGGCUGGAUUUCUGGACUCAUGCCGUCUCUACUGAGCAACCUGUUGACAUCCGUGUGCCUCACUCCAGACUGUAUGCUCUCAAGGACUUCCUCAAGAAAAACAACAUCCCUUUCACUGUCAUAAUCAACAAUGUGCAAGAACUUUUGGUCAGAGAGAGAGAAGAAAUGGUUCGCAAUGCAGAAGUGGAACGCCAGACAAAGAGCUUCAACUUUGCUGCUUAUCAUGACCUGGAGACUAUUUACAAUUUUAUGGACACCCUUGUUGCAAGUCACUCUAACUUGAUCUCUAAAGUGAAUAUUGGCAGCACUUUUGAGGACCGUCCUAUGUAUGUCUUGAAGUUCAGCACUGGUGGAGAGAAAAGACCUGCGAUCUGGAUUGAUGCUGGAAUGCAUGCGAGGGAGUGGAUUUCUCACGCUACUGCAGUGUGGCUCGCUGACAGAAUUGCCACAGACUUUAAGAAAAACCGUGCCCCUGUGCCCAGUAUUCUCAGUAAAAUGGAUAUUUACUUGCUGAUUGUGGCUAAUCCUGAUGGAUAUGUCUUCACCCACCUCUCUUUCAGUCCCAUUAACCGUUUCUGGCGUAAGAAUCGGUCUGCGACUUCUAGCCGCAAAUGCAACGGUGUAGACCUCAACAGAAACUGGGAUGCUGAAUUUGGUGGUCCUGGAGCAAGCGAUGACCCCUGCGCUGAAUACUACCGUGGUCCUUUUGCGCAAUCUGAGUUUGAAGUGAAAAACAUUGCAAAAUUCAUCACGAGCCACAGCAACUUCAAAUCCUUCAUGACCCUUCACUCUUACAUGCAGCUCUUAAUGUAUCCGUAUGGCUACAUCGGCAUAGAUGCUCUUGACUGGCCGGAACUGCAUGAUGUGGCCACAAAGGCAAAAAUAGCCCUCUAUUCCUUGCAUGGCACCGUUUAUAAAGUUGGAAGCAUCUUCCACAAGAUUGAUCAAGCUAAUGGUGCAAGUCUUGACUGGGCUUAUCUACGUGGCAUCAAAUACUCUUUUGCUUUUGAUUUGCGUGACACUGGUGAAUAUGGAUUCCUCCUGCCUGCCGACCAGAUCGUCCCCACUGCAAAGGAGACGUGGUUUGCUCUCAAAUACCUUAUGAAAUAUGUUUGUGAUCACCCUUACUGAGAGAAAUGUACUAAUACAUCAGAAGAGGUCCCAGAAGAUAUAUGAUAUGAAACGUGUGUCGUUUCAGAAAUGACGCUUCAGUGUUUUCCAAAUAACUCCGUUUUGAUAGAGUUCUGUUACAUCCCAAAUCCCAUCUAUUUUUGUUGCAAUUUUCUCAGGUCCAUUUUGUCAGUGUUCAUGUUUAUAAAAUAACUUUUAUGGCAGUUUAUGUAUUUGUUUAAAAAAAUUAUAAUAAUAAUUUUGGGUCAAAUAUUUAGCAAUUUGUCUUGUGCAACUUGAACAAACUUGUUUUAAGCACAGUUUAAACACAAAAUAAAAUAUCUCUGAUUUA